AGAGCAAGUGCCAAUUAGCCGUAUGAGACAAAAGGAUGAGGCUUUUGCUGCUCACCGUUCAUCCAAGAUAAAACCCUUUUUUUUUCCUGCAAAAACUGAAAACCAAGAUAUAACACCAGAAAGAAGAAAGAGAGGGGGGAGAGAGGCCUUUCAUUUUGGAGCAAAGGGAACCCAGAAACAACAGGGGAGAUAAUCUUGGAAACAAACCAGAGAGGAAAAAAAAAUGGCACUCAGGAUUUGGGCAUCUUCCACUGCCAAUGCUCUAGGCCUCUCUGUUGCUUCCAAAGCUCCAGCCCUGGCGCCUCUGUCCAGAUGCUUCUCCUCUGUUCUGGACGGCUUAAAGUAUGCAAAGUCGCACGAGUGGGUGAAGCAUGAAGGUUCUGUUGCUCUUGUUGGCAUCACAGAUCAUGCUCAGGAUCACUUGGGGGAAGUGGUGUUCGUGGAGUUGCCGGAGGUAGGCGCUGCCGUGAGCCAAGGCGGCAGCUUUGCUAACAUUGAGAGUGUGAAGGCAACCAGCGAUGUGAACUCCCCCGUCUCCGGCGAGGUCGUGGAAGUCAACGACAAGCUCGGUGAAGCCCCAGGCCUGGUGAAUUCGAGCCCAUAUGAAGACGGGUGGAUGAUAAAGGUGAAGCCCAGCAACCCAUCGGAGCUGGAAAGCUUGAUGGGCCCAAAGGACUACACUAAAUUCUGCGAGGAAGAAGAUGCUGCUCAUUGAUUUUUCAAGUGCUUUUAUGUAAAAACUGCAAAAAAUUGUCUCCCCCCCGUUUUGUUGGACUAACUUGGCAUUUGCAUUACAAUCUCGACGUGUUAUUUUGGGAUUCACAAUCACAAGAUAAUAUAACGAAAUAAAUAGUCAUUCCUUUUCUCCC